AAUUUGAGGUUUUGAACUCUCUUCAGUCAUCUCUUCUGGAAUGUUGUUUUCAGUUUUUUGCUCGCUUAUAAUGGGACGUUGACGAGAGUUAAGUCAGAAGUAUUGUAUGAUGGGAACUGGGUUCAGCAGUGUAAGGCAGCAACUUCCCAAAGUUCGAAACUUCAACGCUGCCAACCGAGCCCUGCGAGCUGAGAAGGCAAAGCCACCAACACAUAAAAGUCACGCAGCUGCCUUGAACCAAUUCAAAACGCAGAAUCCUGAUUUGUUCAUGUCAUUUGUUAAAGAAAGCAGCGCGAAAGAUCAAAACUUGGAAGCUAAUUUGAAAUCCGUUUUUGUCAAAUCAGAGGGAGACAAUCCGAUCAUUGAAACCAAAAAAGCAAAAGCUUUGAGAAGUUUGCCUCAGGUGAAACCAGAAGAGUCACAUGAAACAGCUGUUCCGAAGGGAAAAUUAACAAUUGUACAACUCUUUGAAUUGCUGCAGAAAUAUAAUGAUGGAUCCUCACUUCCUCUGCUGGCAUCGAAAUUGCGUAUCAGUGAGUCAGACUUGAGAGAUGUGAUUAAGUAUUGCUCCCUGCUGGAUGUGGUGGUAGACCGGCCAGAUUACGAACCCUACUCUCCAGAAGUGGAGCAGUUAGACUCUGGGGACUCCUCAGACAGUGACCUCGUGACACCCCAAGUUGUAUCAGCUCUCAAUUCAUCUCAGUUUGAUGAUGAAACAGAAGGAACUAGACCCAAAACUGUGCUGAAACCAGUAAACAGAUUUAAACAACAACUCUAACUUGGAUUUAAACUUUGUACCUAAUGAAUUAAAUGUCAAAAUCUA